UCCUCUUACUUUUGUAAUGCCUCUUCGUGUGUGUGUGUGUGUGUGUGUGUGUGUGCGUUUUGGCAGCACCGCAAACUGUCUGGAUUCAUAAUCUCAUAAUCUCAGAUUUAGGGGAAUUAAUCUACAUUCUAGCAUGAGUAUCUCUAUGUUGUACUUCUACUGUCAGUUGUCAGGUGCUCCGUAUUCUUCACACACCAGAACAACCCGUCUGUCUGUCCUGUCUGUCCUGUCUCCCGUCCGUCCUGUCUGUCUUCAGACUGACCACGUUGAUCUUUGAUUACUUGAUUAACGCUCUGAUCGGUCCUCCAGGCCUCCGGUGAGUCGAGCGGCGCCGCGGCCCGAGAAGCUCCAGAAGAACAACGUCUCCAAGAAGAGGAGGCUGGUGGAGGACAUGGUCUUGGAUCACGUGUUCGGGUUUCGGGGCUUCGACUGUCGCAACAAUCUGCACUAUCUCAACGACGGCACCGACAUCGUCUACCACACCGCCGCCACCGCCAUCGUCCACAGUCUCUCCACUGGAACUCAGAGCUUCUACCUGGAACACACAGAUGACAUCCUCUCUCUGACCGCCAAUCAACACCCGAAAUACAAAAAUGUCAUCGCCACCGGGCAGAUCGGUGACGUCGGUGAACCGCCAGGCACCACCCCCACCAUCCACGUGUGGGACGCGAUGAGCAAGCAGACUCUGUCCAUCCUGCGCUGUCCUCACGCUAAAGGCGUCGGCUACGUCAACUUCAGCGCCACAGGGAAGCUGCUGCUGUCCGUGGGAGUGGACCCUGAACACACCAUCACCGUGUGGCGCUGGCAGGAAGGAUCCAAAGUGUGCAGUAAAGCCGGACACCUGGACCGGAUCUUUGUGGUGGAGUUUCGGCCGGACUCGGACUCCCAGUUUGUGUCGGUGGGAAUCAAACACGUGAGGUUCUGGACGCUGGCCGGCGGCGCCCUGAUGUACAAGAAGGGCGUGGUGGGGACGGUGGAGGACAGCAGGAUGCAGACGAUGCUCUCCGUCGCCUUCGGCGCUAACAACUUGACCUUCACCGGCGCCAUUAACGGGGACGUGUACGUGUGGCGGGAGCACCACCUGCUGAGGGUGGUGGCGAAGGCCCACACCGGGCCGGUCUUCACCAUGUACACCACCCUGAGGGACGGACUCAUCGUCACCGGCGGCAAGGAGAGGCCGACCAAGGAGGGUGGCGCGGUGAAGCUCUGGGAUCAGGAGAUGAAACGUUGUCGAGCCUUCCAGCUGGAGACGGGCCAGCAGGUGGAGUGCGUCCGAUCCGUUUGCAGAGGCAAAGGUAAGAUCCUGGUGGGGACGAAGGACGGCGAGAUCAUUGAGGUUGGGGAGAAGAACGCGGCGUCCAACCUGCUGCUGGACAGCCACGCUCGGGGAGGAGUCUGGGGUCUGACGGCUCAUCCCGCCAAAGAGCUCUGCAUCACCGCCAGCGACGACGCCACCAUCCGCCUGUGGGACCUCACCGACAAGAAAUUGCUGAACAAGGUGUGCGUCGGCCACGCGGCUCGCUGUGUGAGCUACAGCGCGGACGGGGAGAUGCUGGCGGUGGGGAUGAAGAACGGAGAAAUCCUCCUCCUCCUCGCCAACUCGCUGAAGAUGUGGGCGAAGAAACGGGACCGCAGCGUCGCCAUCCAGGACAUCCGGUUCAGUCCGGACCGGCGGCUGUUGGCGGUCGGGUCGGUGGAGAACACGGUGGAUAUCUACGAUGUGAGCGGAGGACCGACUCUGACCCGGCUGGUUUACUGCAGCGACAUCGCCGCUUUCAUCCUGCAGCUCGACUUCUCUGCCGACAGCUGUUACAUACAGGUGUCUACGGGAGAAUACAAGCGGCAGGUUUUUGAGGUUCCAUCUGGGAAGUUGGUGGUUGAUCAGACCGUCAUCGACAGAAUCACCUGGGCAACCUGGACCAGCAUUCUGGGAGAUGAGGUUUUGGGGAUUUGGCCGCGGAAUGCCGACAAAGCUGAAGUCAACUGUGCGUGCGUGUCCCACGCCGGCGUGAACGUGGUCACCGGGGACGACUUCGGAUUGGUCAAACUGUUCGACUUUCCCUGCACAGACAAGUUUGCCAAACACAAGCGCUACCUCGGCCACUCGGCUCACGUGACCAAUAUCCGGUUCUCCCACGAGGACAAAUACGUGAUCAGCACAGGAGGAGACGACUGCAGUGUGUUUGUGUGGAAAUGCCUGUGAAUCGCAGAGACUCCUCCUCCCCCCCCCCCCGGGUGACGCUUUCACUCAAAGCGCCUUAACAGCACCGCAAGUGGAUCCAGAGGGAGUCGAACCUGCGACCUGCAACCUUUUCCUUUUUAGAAUUUAGGAAUAAAGAAGUUUUCUGUUCUGCUCUGUUGGCGGGGCGGACAAACGUCGGUCUGAAGCCCAACGCCUGAGACGCCGCGUGGAUGGAUCACGUGACCCAGAAAAGGAGGAAGACACCAGGAGAAUCGUCGGAUGUGUUUUCUGAGCGUUUUCAAUCCCAGUCCGUUUCCUCCUCAUGGCGUCGUCACUGUGGUCCGUGCGCCUCGAGGUGCACAAGGAGAGUGCCAAAGAGCAAGAAGGUUAAACGCAACAACAUCUCAGAUUUUUCAGAUUAAAAGAAAGACGAAACGAUUCCUCCGGGGGGGGCGGAUGCAUAUAAAUCUGCGUACACUAAAGACAGAAUCAUGUUCAUCAAAUGGGCAUAAACAAAGAUCCCUCUGAGCGACAGUAAGAAUAGUGCGUCAGUGCAGCCUGUAACCUGCUGGAAUUACUGAGAUAUCAGCUGAACACACGACGGGCCCACAAAUACCAGUUUGCCCUCUCGAUCUAAGCACUAAGUAGACUGCAGAGGACCCGAUCCACGUUUGCACCUCGGUGGUUAAAUAAUGAUCCACAUUUAGUCUCAAAGAUCAAGCUGAAUUGUCCCCUGUCUUGCGCCACUGUGGGGACGUCAACAAAAGGCAGGUUUGCAUUUGAGUGUUUGAUGCCUCAGUAACUCUGCUGAGGAUUAAAGUUACUUUUGAGGAAAAAAACAAUACUAUUCAACCCAUUUAAAGGACAAACUGCGGCACGCUGUGUUAUUAUUGGUCCGAUGAAGCCGCUGAGAGGAGACUGCUGUUAGAAAUCAUUCUGAUCAUUACGGACGUUCUGAACUGGGAGAAAAGAUUUCACUCAUAUUCAUAGAAACGUGGUUGUCUGUCUUCAACUGAAUAUAUUUGAUUUAAACUGAUUUUUCCUUUCAAAGAGCUUUUCUGUCGUUACACUUAAGUGCCUUUCCGGGUCUUUCUAUCUGUCUUUUUUUCUUCUGCUCCUUGGGAGUGGGAUAUUUCAUAUGCUGUGUUUUUAUUUAAUCCACAACUGAACUUAUUUUGUACUCUGUCUGGUGCUACACUGAGAAUGUUCAAAACCUUUAUUCAUCCAAAAUGGACGGACAUAUAAAAAUAUUUUCUUUGCUGCUGCUUUUUGUUUUUAAAGACUUGAAACAUCCAAAGCAUCGUGAUGGCAAAAUGAAAACCGGACAUCCAAAGGAAAGAAAUGAGAGGAACGUCUGUGGAGGAAUCUAAAUGUAUGAAUUAUGUAUGUUCAAAUUACAAUGUGGAUGAGUUUCCUGUGUCUGAACUGUUGAUUAUUAACUUUUAACUGCUGUGAUAAUUCAUCAAACAUUUACCUUCGACGCACCUGAUUACCGGAGGUCAAAAGGUCCUUUUUUCUCAGAACAGAAUGUGAUUCAUUCUGUUCUGAGAAAAAUAAUAGUUUUUGUUUAUACAGCAAAUCACAGCCAGAAAAAUACACAAUAAAGGAAAGUUAAUACUUA